UUCACUCUGUGGUUCAGGCUGGCUUCGAACUCACAGUGGUCCUCCUGCCUCAGCCUCCAGAGUGCUGCAAUUACAGGUGUGCACCACUGCACCCUGCCAUAUUUUUAUUGUGAGACUGGAUUUUGCUAAAUUGUUCAGGCCAGGCUGAAACUCAAUCCCCCAGCCUCAGCCUCCAGCACUGUCCUGUGCCACUGUGAGUGCUGUGGAGGCCUUGGCUCGCCCUGGCUCCAGGAAGUCACCGCCUCACCUGCCUCCUGCACCUGCCCUCCCCACGGACCGCCCCUCCCUCCCCCGCCUUGAGGAGCAGAGCAGCAGCGGUGGGGACACAGGCCGGGCGGUGGCAUUCGUCUGGGUCCCUGCGCUCCAUGGCGGUAGCUGAGCUAUACACGAAGUACAACAGGGUCUGGAUUCCGGAUCCUGAGGAAGUCUGGAGGUCGGCUGAGAUAGUGCAGGACUACAGAGCCGGGGACAAGGUCCUGCACCUGCGGCUGGAGGAUGGCACGGAGCUGGAGUACCCAUCUGAGCUGGGCACGCUGCCCCCGCUGAGGAACCCUGACAUCCUGGUGGGCGAGAAUGACCUCACGGCCCUCAGCUACCUGCAUGAGCCGGCCGUCCUGCACAACCUGCGCGUACGCUUUGCCGAGGCCCGGCUCAUCUACACCUACAGUGGCAUCAUCCUGGUGGCCAUUAACCCAUACAAGCAGCUGCCCAUCUACGGAGACGCCAUCAUCCAUGCAUACAGUGGGCAGAACAUGGGUGACAUGGACCCACACAUCUUCGCUGUGGCGGAGGAGGCCUAUAAGCAGAUGGCCAGGAACAACAGGAACCAGUCGGUGAUCGUGAGUGGCGAGUCCGGGGCCGGCAAGACCGUGUCUGCCCGCUAUGCCAUGCGCUACUUUGCCACGGUCAGCAAGUCCAGCAGCAACACCCAGGUGGAGGACAGGGUCCUGGCAUCCAAUCCCAUCACAGAGGCCGUUGGCAAUGCCAAGACCACCCGCAACGACAACAGCAGCCGAUUCGGGAAAUACACAGAGAUCAGCUUCGAUGAGAGGAACCAGAUCGUAGGCGCCAACAUGAGGACGUACCUGCUGGAGAAGUCCAGGGUGGUCUUCCAGUCAGAGAAUGAGCGGAAUUACCACAUUUUCUACCAGCUCUGUGCAUCUGCACGGCGGUCAGAGUUCAGACACCUGAAGCUGGAUCGUGCUGAAGAAUUCAGUUACACCAGGAUGGGCGGCAGUGCUGUCAUUGAGGGCGUGGAUGAUGAGGCGGACAUGGUGGAGACACAGAAGACCUUCGCACUGCUGGGCUUCCACGAGGACUUCCAGCUGGACGUAUUCACAGUCCUGGCUGCCAUCCUCCACCUGGGCAACGUGCAGGUCACUGCGGCGGGUGCUGAGAGGUCCUCCAUCAGCGAGGACGACUGUCACCUAAAGGUGUUCUGCGAGCUCCUGGGCCUGGAGCGCAGCCAGGUGGCCCAGUGGCUGUGCCACCGGAAAAUUGUCACCACCUCAGAGACGGUGGUGAAACCCAUGACCAGGCUGCAGGCCAUCAACGCCAGGGAUGCGCUGGCCAAGAAGAUCUAUGCACACCUGUUUGACUUCAUUGUGGACAAGAUUAAUGGGGCGCUGGGCUUCUCCGGCAGGCGGCACUCCUUCAUCGGUGUCCUGGACAUUUAUGGUUUUGAAACCUUUGAUGUGAACAGCUUCGAACAAUUCUGCAUCAAUUACGCCAAUGAAAAGCUGCAGCAACAGUUUAACCUGCACGUCUUCAAGCUGGAGCAGGAGGAGUACAUGAAGGAGGACAUCCCCUGGACGCUGAUUGACUUCUACGACAAUCAGCCUGUCAUCGACCUGAUCGAAGCAAAGAUGGGCAUUUUGGAGUUGCUGGAUGAAGAAUGCUUGCUGCCUCACGGCACUGAUGAGAACUGGCUUCAAAAGUUGUACAAUAAUUUCGUCAACAAGAACCCUCUGUUUGAGAAGCCUCGGAUGUCAAACACAGCCUUCCUCAUCCAGCACUUCGCCGACAAGGUGGAGUACCAGUGCGAGGGCUUCCUGGAGAAGAACAGAGACACCGUCUACGAGACACUGGUGGAGACCAUGCAGGCGAGCACGUUCCACCUCUGCGCCCUCUUUUUCCAAGAAGGCCCGGCUCCCUCCUCUCCUUUCGGUUCGGCCAUCACUGUCAAGCCCGCAAAGCAAGUGCUCAAGUCCAGCUGCAAGCACCUGCGCACCUCUGUGGGGAGCAAGUUCCGAAGCUCGCUGGCCCUGCUCAUGGAGACCCUCAAUGCCACCACACCUCACUACGUCCGCUGCAUCAAGCCCAAUGACCAGAAGUUGCCCUUCGAGUCCACAGCAAGUCUCUGGGGUGUGGUCCCUGGCACCCCCCCCCAUUUGGCUUCACUCAGAUUUGACUCCAGGAGAAUCGUGCAGCAGCUGCGGGCCUGUGGCGUCCUGGAGACCAUCCGCAUCAGCGCGCAGAGCUACCCGUCCAGGUGGACAUAUAUCGAGUUCUAUAGUCGCUAUGGUGUCCUCAUGACGCGGCAGGAGCUGGCGGCCGGUGACAAGAAGCGGGUGUGCGUGGCAGUGCUGCACAGACUCAUCCAGGACUCGAAUCAGUACCAGCUCGGCAAGACCAAGAUCUUCUUCCGGGCGGGGCAGGUGGCUUACCUGGAGAAGCUGCGGCUGGACACGCUGAGGCAGGCCUGCGUGGUCAUCCAGAAGCGCGUGCGCGGCUGGCUGCAGAGGAAGAAGUUCCUCCGCGCCCGGCACGCGGCCGUCAUCAUCCAGCGCUACUGCCGGGGCCAGCUGACCGUGAGGAAAGCAGUCACAGCGCGGGCCUUGAAGGAGACCUGGGCGGCCAUCGUUCUCCAGCGCCACUGCCGCGGGUACCUGGUCCGCAGCCUGUACCAGCUGAUCCGCGUGGCCGCCAUCACCCUCCAGGCCCACACCCGAGGCCUCCUGGCCAGAAGGAAGUACCGGAAGAUGCUGGAGGAGCACAAGGCAGUGAUCCUGCAGAAACACGCGCGGGCCUGGCUGGCCAGGCGCAGGUUCCAGAGUAUCCGACGCCUCGUGCUCAACGUGCAGCUGGCCCACAGGGUCCAGCGUCUGCAGAAGAAGCUGGAGGACCAGAACAGGGAGAACCACGGGCUGGUGGAGAAGCUGACCAGCCUGGCUGCCCUGCGGGCUGGCGACACAGACAAGGUUCAAAAGCUGGAACAGGAGCUGGAGCGGGCAGCAGCCCAGCGGCGCAGCACCGAGGAGAAGGAGAGGAAAUACAGGGAUGCUGUGGAGCAGAAACUGGCAGCCCUGCAGAAGCACAAUUCAGAGCUGGAAAUCCAGAAAGCGCAAGUACAGCUGCGGCUUCAGGAGAAGACGCAGGAGCUGGAAGAACAAAUGGACAAGCUCACCAAGCAGCUCCUGGACGACGUGCAGAAAGAGGAACGGCAGCGGGCCCUUCUUGAGAAAAGCUUUGAGCUGAAGGCGCAGGACUACGAGAAGCAGCUGCAGUCUCUGAGAGAAGAGACCCUAGCUCUGCAGCGAGAGAAGGCGCAGCUGCAGCGGGAGCUGGAGGAGGAGCGCGUGGCCCGGGAAGGCCUGAAGGGGGAGGUGGCUCGGCUAAGCCAGCAGGCAAAGACCAUCUCUGAGUUCGAGAAGGAGAUCGAGCUGCUGCAGAUGCAGAAGAUCGACGUGGAAAAGCUGGUGCAGUCGCAGAAACGGGAGAUGAGAGAGAAGAUGUCCAAGGUCACCAGGCAGCUUCUCGAGAGCUACGACAUUGAAGACGUGAGGAGCAGGCUGUCUGCAGAGGACCUGGGGCGCCUGAACGAGGACGGGGAGCUCUGGUUUGCAUACGAAGGGCUCAAGAAGGCCACGAGGGUCCUGGAAAGCCACUUCCAGUCCCAGAAGGACAGCUAUGAGAAGGAGAUCGAGGCUCUGAACUUCAAAGUGGAGCACCUCAGCCAGGAGAUCGGCCGCCUGCAGAAGCUGUUCCGAGAGGAGAGCGAUGUGCAUGAGAACGUCCGGCUCGAGGUGGCCCGGCUGACCUUGGAGAACAUGAUGAUUCCAGACUUUAAACAGCAGAUUUCAGAGCUGGAGAAACAGAAGCAAGAGCUCGAACUCCGCCUCCAGGAGCAAACGGAGAAGAUGAAAGGGAAGACAGAAGAGCUGUGGGACCUGCUCAGCCGUGAGGAGGAGGAGGAAGAAGGGGCCCCGAGAAGGGCCCUGGACUCCCAGAGUGAAAGAGACACCGCGGUGGAGGAGCAGCUGAGAGGGCGGCAGGGGGCUGGGGAGCUGAGGCAGCCUUCAGAGGCUAGAGGGGAAGCGUCCGGGCUUCUUUUGGAAAACAGGGGUCUCGAGGAAGAGCUGGACAUGAAGGACAGAGUGAUUAAAAAGCUGCAGGACCAAGUGAAGACCUUAACCAAGACCAUUGAAAAAGCCCAGGACGCACACCCAUCAUCGGGACCCACGGAGUACCUGGGCAUGCUGCAGUACCGGAGGGAAGAUGAGGCCAGGCUCCUCCAGAACCUCAUCCUUGACCUGAAGCCCCGUGGCGUGGUGGUGAACAUGUUGCCCGGGCUGCCGGCGCACAUCCUGCUCAUGUGCCUGCGGUACGCUGACGCUCAGGACGACGCGGCCAUGGUGCGCUCCCUCCUGGACGGCGCCAUCAGCGCCAUCAAGCAGGUGGUAAAGGAACAUCUGGAAGACUUCGAAAUGCUGUCCUUUUGGCUCUCCAAUACCUGUCAUUUCCUCAACUGCCUGAAGCAGUACAGUGGAGAAGAGGAAUUCAUGAGACAGAACAGUCCGAGUCAGAACAAGAACUGCUUGAGCAACUUUGACCUUUCAGAGUACAGACAGAUUCUUAGCGACGUGGCCAUACGGAUCUAUCAUCAGUUCAUCAUCGUCAUGGAGAAUAGCAUCCAGCCCAUAAUAGUGCCGGGCAUGCUGGAGUACGAGAGCCUGCAGGGCCUCUCGGGCCUCAAGCCCACCGGCUUCCGGAAGCGCUCCUCCAGCAUCGACGACACGGAUGCCUACACCAUGACCUCGGUCCUGCAGCAGCUGAGCUACUUCCAUUGCACCAUGUGCCAGAGCGGGCUGGAUGCCGAGCUGGUGCGGCAGGCAGUGAAGCAGCUCUUCUACCUCAUCGGGGCCGUGACCCUGAACAGCCUCUUCCUGCGCAAGGACAUGUGCUCCUGCAGGAAGGGGAUGCAGAUCAGAUGCAACAUCAGCUACCUGGAGGAGUGGCUGAAAGACAAGAACCUGCAGGCCAGCGCAGCCAAGGACACCUUGGAGCCGCUUUCUCAGGUGGCCUGGCUGCUGCAGGUCAAGAAGACCACGGACAGUGAUGCCCAGGAGAUCGCCGAGCGCUGCACCUCGCUGUCCACCGUGCAGGUGACCAGAUCAUCAAGAUCCUCAACUCCUACACACCCAUAGAUGACUUUGAGAAGAGAGUGACCCUGUCCUUCGUGCGCAAAGUGCAGGCCCUGCUGAGUGGCCGGGAGGACUCUGUGCAGCUGAUGCUGGACACCAAGUACCUGUUCCCUGCCACCUUUCCCUUCAGCGCCUCGCCGCAUGCACUGGAGCAGCUGCAAAUCCCCAGCAGCCUCAAGCUGGGCUUCCUGCGUCGUCUUUAGGGAGGGCGGAUGGGAGAGAGCUCAGCUCCCUGAGCUGGUGGCGGUCCUGUACCGCGGGAGCCACAAAGGACCUCUCUGGGACUCCAGAGCUCUCCCUGUUCUCCCAGGUGCCCUAGGCUAGUCUGCAGGCCACAGAGUCACCAUGAUUGUUUGUAAUUUAAUAUUUUCUGCACACAAAAAAAGAUUUUUUUUUUUUUUUUUUUUGGCCCUGGGGUUCAAACUCAUGACCAGACACAAAAACUUCUUUAAAAACCAAAUUUACAAAGGCAACCUAAGGCAGGCCUAUGAUCCCAACACUAAGGAGGCUGAGGCAGGAGAAUCACCAGAAAGUUCAAGGCCACCCUGGGCUACAUAGUUAAUUCAAGACCAGUCUGAAUUUUUUGUCUCAAAAAACAAAACAAAGCAAAGAAACAAAUAAAAUAAACCUAAGUGAGUUUGUC